CUCUAAGCCUGUCGGAUACAGUGAGCCACCAUCCAGAAAUGGUGUAGCAUAUCAGGAAAAACAACACGGGAGUGCGGCCGGAAAGAGGAGCGAGGCUACAAGGCUUACAUUCACGGCACAGGAGAGCCAUUCAGAAGAGCCGGGGGUCAAAGGUGAGAAGAGCAGAGGGCACCAUGGAGAGUGAGCCAGGGGCCCCUGCCUCCACGGCCAACAGUACCGGGACCACCACCUCCUCUAGCACCACAGCUGCCGGCAGUAGUAGUACCCCUAACACUACUACUGCUACUACUACUCCUACCACUUCUACUAGCAGUAGUAAUAGUAGUAGCAACAGCGGUGGUAGUAGUAGUACCACAAGCAGUACUUCCAGUACUAGUACUGCAACAGGAAGACAGGCAGUGCCUCAGAUAUCUGUUUACAGUGGGAUACCUGACCGACAAACAGUGCAGGUGUUCCAGCAGGCAUUGCACAGACAGCCUAACACAGCAGCACAGUACCUGCAGCAGAUGUACGCUGCUCAGCAGCAGCAUCUGAUGCUGCAGACUGCAGCCCUCCAGCAGCAGCACAGCCUCAGCACUGCUCAGCUCCAGAGCCUGCAGGCCAGUAUCGCAGCAGGCCGGCAAAGCUCUUCACAGAAUGGCACUUCAUCCCAGCAAACAGGAUCGACUCAGGCUACAAUCAACCUGACCACCUCCCCAGCGGCAGCUCAGCUGAUCAGCCGGGCCCAGAGCAUUAGUUCCACCCCCACCAGUAUAUCCCAGCAGGCUGUUCUGCUGGGCAGCCCAUCUAGCCCCACUCUCACAGCCAGCCAGGCACAGAUGUACCUGCGCGCACAGAUGGCUCAGCAGAGUAACCUGGUGCAGGUGGCCAGGAGCCUGGGCCGGGCUGUUCCUCUGUCCCCACAGCUUAUCUUCACACCGACGGCCACAGUGACAGCUGUCCAGUCAGAAAGCUCCACGCAGGCUUCCUCACAGAAUCAGGUCCAGAAUCUGGCCAUCCGUGGCCAGCAGGUGGCGACCACGUCCUCCUCUCAGACUCAGACCCUGCAGGCUCUCAGUCUGAAGCAGAGCCCUGUGCCCAUUCAGCCCGCCUCAUUGAUCAAGAAUCCCAGCCAAGGAGCGCAGGCCUCCACAGGAGGGAAGGCCAGCUCUUCCGACACUUCAUCUGAAGCGGGGAAGAAGGGGGACAGUGCAGCAGUCACAGAAGUCCGAGCUAUAAACAUGAGCCGCAGUGUCACAGCGGUCAGUGCUCAGCCUCUGAUUGCUCCAGCAUACACUCAGAUUCAGCCCCACUCCCUGGUUCAGCAGCACAAGCAGCAGCAGCAGCAGCAGUUCGUGGUCCAUCAGAAUCAAGGUUCCCAGAGGACCGCGGGUCAGCUGCUGCAGACGGCCUCCAUUCAACCGUCACAGCACCCCGUCCCUGUACUGCCUAAACCUGCUCCCCACCAACCCUCCACGCCCAGCCAGCAGGCCACAAUCUUCCACUCCACCAUCAGCCCCCAUGCCCUCCACUCCUCCCUCAACCAUGCCAAAGCUCAGCCCGUCCAGCUCACUGCCAUCAACCUACAAAUACAGCCAACGCCCUCUCGACUUGUUCAGGACUGUAAAGAUAAGCCAACAUCGCUGGUGGUCAGAGAGACGUGUCCAACCCCCACCACACAACAACAACAGCCGCAACAGCAACAGCAACAGCAGCAACCUGCGCCUUCGCCAUCACAACCCGCCAAGCCUGUCGAGCAGCCCAAGGUCGACCCAGCAACACCAGCUGUUCAGCCACAAGGAGGGGGCUCAACCAAGAGGCCGAGUGCUGCACCUGGGACCCCACCUCCAGCCAUGACCUCAGGAAAUGAGAGCGAGGCGCCCACUGUGACGGGCAGCACGCCGCAGAACGGAGAGAACAAACCGCCCCAGGCCAUCGUCAAGCCCCAGGUCCUCACACAUGUCAUCGAAGGCUUUGUCAUCCAGGAGGGAGCGGAGCCGUUCCCUGUGUGUGUGGAGCGUCUGCCCAUUCUCAUCGACAGCCCAAAGAAGCUGGAUCAUCAGCUCUCCUCAGACCCCGACAAAACCCCGGUCAGCAAUGCAGCAAACACGGACUCUGAGCCUGAGGACAUGAACCAGCCAGAAAAAGAGCAGGAACCCAAGCUGACAUGUGAAUACUGUGGCUGGGUUGACUUUGCCUACACCUUCAAAGGCUCGAAAAGAUUCUGCUCCAUGGUUUGUGCAAAGAGGUACAACGUGGGCUGCACAAAGCGGAUAGGCCUUUUCCGUCCAGAGAGGACUAAACCAACGAAUCGAUGGCGUAGAAGAUCGAAGGGCUCCUCCACCAUCGAGGCAAAGAAGCAGAAGCUGUCCCCCUCACCGCAGCAGACUCAGGGCGGUUCUGUAUCGUCACCGCAUCCCUCGCAGCCCAGUCAGGAGGAGUCCAGCCCGUGUUCGGACAUGUCUAGCUACGAGGAGCCGCCGUCUCCCCUGUCGGCAGCCAGCUCAGGGCCCCUGGCUCCUGCUCCGGCCCCAGCUCAGGUCCCCGUCCACCGGCAUCCCAGCAGGGUCUCGGACCAGGAGGGCUGCGCUGGGAGAGACGCGCCUUCACUCUGUCAGCGCUUCUUGCCCAACGACCCCACCAAGUGGAAUGUGGAAGAAGUUUAUGAGUUCAUCCGUUCGCUGCCAGGUUGUCAGGAGAUAGCAGACGAGUUUCGAUCUCAGGAGAUUGACGGACAGGCCUUGCUCCUGUUAAAGGAGGACCACCUCAUGAGCACCAUGAACAUUAAACUGGGACCUGCACUCAAGAUCUUCGCACGCAUCAACAUGCUCAAAGACUCUUAGCAGGAAAGGGUGUUUGUGUGUUGUGCAUUGAUCUCAGCGUGUCUGCAUUUUUAUGUGUGUGUGUGUUUGUAAGUGUGCGACAGAAGAGUGCAAACGAUGCAUCAUCGCAGCACUGACAACACAGACUGACUGCACUAUGACCUCGCCCUCUCCACACGACUGGACUGGGAGCUUUGAGAGAGAAUCUAACUUCAGCUGGCACUCGCAUCCACCUGCAUCUGCUUAGUAACCACGUGACCCUUUGAACUGACCGAUGGCGGCUAUAUUAGAGUUGCAGCUUGAGCACUGAAAGCUGUUCAUCUGUGUUAACAUGCACUCACAGGGGUUAAGCAGUUCUGAAAUUAACUUAAUUGAAAACAUGAGCCACAGUGACAUCUGUGCCAAAUCCCCAUGUGUUGAGUCUUGCAUUAAAAUUAGUCAAUAUUUGAUUUACACCUGGUAAUAGCGUGCAAGUUGUUUUUGGAUAUCUGAUCUGGAUAAGGAACAACGCAGGAUGUAAUGCCCGCAGAACACAUUGCAAUCAGACUGCUAUCGGAUCCACCAGGCCUGAUUUGGAUGUGGUCUGAUCUAAAUGCCAUCCAUGCUCCAUAUUUUUGGGCAUUUUAUGCUUUAAUUAGGGAGUCGAGUGUAGAGAAAUGACAACAUAAUGACAUGGCAGUAAGGGAAGAGAGAGGUGGGUAACAACACACAACAAAGGAUGUUGCAGUUUAUGGUCAGUGGCUUAAACUCCUCACACACCAGGGCGCCCCAGUUUGGAAAAAGAAGAAAAAUCUAUGUGUGUAGCUGCCUGUGAAAAAGCUACAAAUCAUUUUCCUCUGCAAAGAAAAAGUAAGCUGAGCUCAUACAGCAACAUUGCCUUCUUGACCUGAGACUGUCCCUUGUUAUGUAUCUGUUUUGCAUAUUAAGAUCUGAUAAUAAUCCGGGCAGAAUUGAGAUAACAAGCACUUAUUAAUAACAGGUGUUAAGGCAAAGGCCUUUUGUCAAAUGUCAUUAUCCAGAUAACACAUCUAGAUACAGAUUCCAUGAUAAUAGCAGGUGUAAAUGGGGUCUCGGAUUUUCCCCUAGGAAGACUGUAGAGGUUUUAAAGAAGAACAGUGAAGAAAAUAAAGUUGAGUAGUGCACUACCUGUUCAGUUGUGGCCAGGUUGGGUCAUACUGCAGCACAGUUGCUAAUGAAUUGAGGCAUUGAGAGAAACAUGUGAAGCCUGAAUUUAUUAUUAUAUAAUUAGAGACGUUUUUUGUAUAGUUUUGUUAGCGAAAGAGAAGCGGCUUUAUGUGUGGCUGUGAACAGAAAAUUGCAUUCAUUUAUUUUCUCAUUUUCAUUCAGUAGAUGCUCCUUCGCCUUUUCUAACAAUAAGACUCACACAGCUCCGAAUACAAAGCUUGAAUACAGAGAAACCAUUUAAGCAGCCUCUUUUGUGACAUUGAUUUCCCUUUCAUGAGGAACUCGCCACUUUUCUCCUAGAGAUUUAAACUGCUGGCAAAUUAUUCUUUUUUUUUUUGCCACUUCUUCAAAAUAAUUUACCGAAAUAUGACAUUGAUUUCUUGUCUCGGUUUAAUAGGAGGACACUAAGUUAUCCGAGAAACAAUUCGGGUAUGUUGCCCUGCUUUUGGCACUUAUUUUCCUUGUUGUUUGCUUUAAUGUUAUCAGAUACUCCACCUACAGUGAGAGUGGCAUUUGUGCAGCAAUGCAAACAAGUUUCCUGUACAUAGCAGCUCAAGUGAGGAAAAAGACUGAAAUUAGGUGUGAAAUUUUUUUUUUUUAAGUUAUCCUUGAUAUUUUGAAACAGAAAUUUAAUGAUGUUAUUUUGAAAUAUGCAAAUGUAUAAAUAUCAUGGCCUGGGAGUUGUUUUGUAAUGUUUUUUUUAUUUCUAAUUAAAAUAUGAUCAUAUCUAUUUGUGUUUUGUGGCUGUGAUGGAAGGUCGGCAUUUUUUAGAUAAAGCUUUGUCAAAUGCUUGUAUUUAUCAGAACAGUUUGUUACACAACAUUUUGCAAUUAUAAAUAAUUUGCAAUACAGUUUUGUC